AUGGCAGACUGUCGCCUAAAAAUGGUACAAAUCGCUAUUGUCGAUUCCAAUGGACUUCUAAGUUUGUCAUCACAAGUUGGCAAACAAAAUGUGGCUGAUUAUGUUAUUUCUAAUCCUGGAAAGCCUACAAUUAUGACCUAACCAAUCUUGAGCAGUAACUAAAUCGAUUGGUUAAAAUCUGCCAUACCAUAACAUAAUUACUAGAAUCUUAAACUAUUGUCAACAGUAGUCCCAGGCAUAUUCACAUCAGAGGAUAUUUACGCAUCAUUUUAAAAUCUUCAAAAUAUCUUUGUGAUUUAUAAGUCAAGUUACCCCAAUAUAGUGGGAGCCUUUUUCAAAGGCCCUAUUGUAAGAUCUCAGUCUACUGGACAAAGCACUACUCAUUGUCCUACAGCUGUUUUAUCUGUCUCAGUUGAGGCCGUGUUAGAAAGUUUUACGACUGAUACUGAUAAUAGUAGUAAUGUUUACCUAUUUAAUUAGGAGCUAACUACUGGGGUCUUUAACUAGUAAGCUGAAUUCAACUUCAAUCUCGAUUGUGAAGGUGAUUCAAAUCCUAACCGUACUAAAGAUUAUUUGACCUCAAAGAAUCCAGAUUAUUUUGCAGAGUUCCUGACUGGAAGUUCCGUCCAGGCAGAUUAAGGUAAGAUGAUUCUUACUUGUGUUUAGAUUGAUAUCUAUCAAGGAGAAUAUUGA